AUGCUGGGCAGCGAGGAGCAGCGCGGCAUCAUACCACGCGCCAUCCAGCAGAUAUUCGCCAGCAGCCGCCAGCUCACCGCGCAGGGCUGGGCCUUCACCAUGCAGGCGUCCAUGCUCGAGAUCUACAACGAGGAGUACAAGGACCUGCUGGCCAGGAAGGCCGCCACCAAGAAGCACAACGUCGUCCACGACGCCAACGGCACCACCAACGUGUCGGACCUGACGCUGGUGGACGUCAACACGCCAGAGGCGGUGGACGCGCUGCUGGCGCGCGCGAUGGAGAAGCGCAGCGUGGGGUGCACGCAGAUGAACGAGCAGAGCAGCCGCAGCCACAUGGUGUUCACCCUGCGCAUCGACGGCGUCAACGCCAGCAGCCAGCUCAAGGUGGCCGGUGUGCUGAAUCUGAUCGAUCUGGCGGGCAGCGAGCGCAUCAAGGAGAGCGGCGCCACGGGGCAGCGGCUCAAGGAGGCGCAGAACAUCAACAAGAGCCUCUCCGCGCUGGGUGAUGUCAUCUUCUCCCUCGCCAACAAGGAGUCCCACGUGCCCUUCCGCAACUCGAAGUUGACCUGGCUGCUGCAGCCCUCCCUGGGUGGCGACGCCAAGACGCUGAUGUUUGUGAACGUCAGCCCCGCCAGCGAGUACGCCAACGAGAGCCUCUGCUCCCUGCGCUUCGCGUCGAAGGUCAACGCGUGCGAGAUCGGGGUCGCGCGGCGCAACGUGAAGACCGCGUGA